AGAGACGAAAACUUUGUUUAGAAGAAAGGAAAACCAAAGGCUGAAGACUCUGGAGAGGAACGCAGCCUUUCCAAACAUCCCCAAAGUACCGGAACAGGCGCACAGAUCUAUCUAAGGAAGAAAAGAGAUGGCCUCUGCGGCUUUGGAGAUCCUGGGUCUGAUCCUGUGCGUCUUCGGCACGCUCUUGGAGAUGGUCGCCUGUGGGCUGCCCACCUGGAAGGUGACCGCCUUCAUCGAGGCCAACAUCGUGGUGGCGCAGACCAUCUGGGACGGCCUGUGGAUGUCGUGCGCCGUGCAGAGCACCGGCCAGAUGCAGUGCAAGAUUCACGACUCCAUGCUCGCGCUCAGCCACGACCUCCAGGCUGCGCGUGCGCUCACGGUCAUCUCGUCCGUCAUGUGCGUCAUCGGGCUGAUGGUGGUGAUCGCCGGCGCGCAGUGCACCAACUGCAUGAAGACGGAGAGCGUGAAGGCGCGCGUGGUGAACGUCGGAGGGGUCAUCUACAUCAUCAGUGCCAUAUUCGUGCUCGUGCCUCUGUGCUGGAUGGCCAACAACAUCAUCUCCGACUUCUACAACCCGCAGGUGCCGACAGCCAAGAAACGGGAGAUCGGCGGUGCGCUCUACAUCGGCUGGGCGGCCACCGCGCUGCUGCUGCUCGGGGGAAGCAUGCUCUGCUGCUCGUGCCCCUCCUCUGGAAGCUCCGGCUACUCGGUCAAAUACGCGCCCACCACAAGAGCAACAUCUAACGGGGACCAUGACAAGAGGAAUUACGUUUAGACGCUCUUUGGACUGAUUUCACUUGCACCUGCAUGUUUCUGUUUUCAGGUGGCUGAUUUUCUUUUUUAAGCAUCUUGGACAACUGAUUGGAUCUUUUUUUAUUUAACACGAAACUUUUGAGGAUAUGCGUUUCUGAAAGGUGGAAGUUUUAUAAUAACUUUCAACAAUAUUAACAAACAUUAUGCAAUGCUUAACAGAUCGUUUCAACACUUUGAAAUAGUGAGAAAUGUCCUGAAACAUUCAGUCAUACUAUAUUCAUGUGCAUUAACUACUGAUCUAUUAAACAUUAAAUCAUUUUUAUAUAGCCUAUAA